GUCCGUUUUGCGCCACUGCUGGCACUGGAGCCAAUUUAUAUUGCGAACUGCGAGAAGCCUGCCCCUUGGAUUCAAGAAGUGGUGAAUAGUCUACUGAUGUCAUUGAUCAGUCCUACAUUGUUCUGUGCUUCGGCCUCCAAUUGGGCAAUGCAAUACGGUACACCUGAUAACAAUGGCCUUGGGCCAAGUGUCAAGGGGAGUUCUUGCGGAUGCUGACGUCGUGAUGGCUUCCCUUUUUGAUCUGAGGUGCGAGAUGGAGAACUACGGGGCAGACUUUCAGGAGGGCCUCGGCGAGGGAGCUUUGCGCGAGCGGCUCAAGACGCACAAGAGAGACUAUGCAAACAGAGAACUUUCUAGUGUCUCUGCGGACGUGGCAGCAGGCUUUAUGCCAAGCAACUGCACCGGUCCCUCUGGCGUUAGAGGGGUUCAACACAAUUUUGGGAGCUUGCUUAAGGAACUAGAAGAAAAGAGUUUUGACCACGCAGCCAGAAACAUAGACGUCUUCUUUCUCGGCCACAAAUGGGGGGAGCACUUUGAGAACAUGGGCGAACUCCAGACUGCAGAAACAUUCUAUGCGGGCGCGCUUCAAGCCGGUGACUGUCCUGCGGGCCGAAAGGCCCUGUCCCAAGUAUACGGCAAACGGGACAUGGUCGCUGUGGUGCAACAGUACUUGGGGCUCCUUUACAAGAAACAGAAGAAGUUUGACAAGGCAGAGCAAAUGUAUUUCAAGGUUCUGGACACUCCGGCCGCAAGCCUUGUAAUGAGCACGCUUACAUUGCAUCAGCUGUCAAACCUGUACCUAGUCACAGGGGAUGCGGCCAAGCUCAGGAAUGCUCACAAGCGGUGGAAGAAGCUGCUGGUGGCUCACAAGGUUCCUGAGGACACCCUUAUCUACUGCCAGUAUCAUGAUAGCAGGGCGGACUUCCUACGGACCCAAAGAGAGUUCAAAGAAGCCGUCGAGCACCGGGAACAAGCGAUGGCGAUCUACGAGAGUGCUUAUGGUGCGGACUCGUGGCUGCUUAACCCCAAGCUGGUCAACCUGGCUAAACUCUCCAUGGAUCAGUUCAGAUUCGAGCCGGCAUAUGCUAGGCUUGAACGGGCCCAGAAGAUCUGCUCACGAUUACGCCAGCUCACCGAAGCAGAAAAGAAUUCAUGCCACCCCUUUGUUCCAGUCCUACAAAAUCCAGUCCUUGCGACGACGAAACAACAGCAAUUGCAAGCGCAGACCCUCGCCGCCAUGGGUGACGUCAGAAGCGGGCAGCGGCGAAACUCAGAAGCGCUGGCCCUCUUCGAGCGCGCAUUUCGGAUGGACUACGACAAAGCAGACGGCAACAUGGGGGUCUACAUGCAGAGCCACGGCCACGUGCUUAAGGAGCUCGGACGUUUUGACGAGGCACUAGACGUAAUGAGACGCGCAUCCGCGCACCUGGAUAGGACAUUCGGCAACGGAUACUUCCAGUCGGUAGUGGCAAGAUGCGCUUUGGGAGAGGCGCUUCUCGAGGCUCAUCGCUUCACGGAAUCCAAGACUGUGCUCGAGAAGGCGCGCUCUCUGGCGUUGGCUAGCCUUGGGCCGAGUCACAGAGCAACGCAGGAUAUCGAGGACCUGCUAAGAGUGGUGACGCAUUCGCUGGAAACUGGGUCCAUCCCGUUCUCACUAAACGUGCCCACCCAAGAGUUCUCGGAGAUGUACCGGCCCCCAGAGAUGAAGCCGAAGUGCGAAUCUUGCGAGAAGCGGGAGCAGGACGGGGAGAAGUUCAAAGUAUGCAGCAAGUGCAAGCGCGUGAAGUACUGCUCGGUGGAGUGUCAAAAGGAGGACUGGAAGCAACACAAGAAGAAAUGUCGGCCUCUGCCCAUCUAGUUAGACCAUACAACAGCCUAGACCACCUUUACUAACAACAUCGCCUUUUGUGUAUAUUCUGCUCACGGUGUACCUCCAUAUUAAUCAUGGUACAGGGCUUUUAUACAGAGCGCCGCCUUUACCGGCAAGUGAAUCUGGCUAGGCCAAGCGUGCGGCGAAGCCUGGAACUUUUGAAGCUAGGUGAUUGAUGCUUUCUUAGAAAAACUGGAAACAGAUUCGGUGUCCGACCGGUCUGGACAUGGAAAAUCGUAUGAGUGGAACUUAUUUCCAUACGUACAUGCAAGUAUAGAGCUGACACAAUGAACAUCGUCAAAGAAUCAAUUUGGACCUUUUCAAGUUCUGUUUCGAUGCACUUUGAAAAAAUUGGUUCUUUUGAACAAGCGACUCCGCGUUUAUCUCUACUUUAAGAUUGGACGGCGCGCGUUUCGUCAGACAAAUUGCGCAGGAUCACACACGGUAUAUACGGG